UGAGCCGAGCAAACUUCGUGGACCGGCCGACGCCUGGCUGGGACCCCACCGCGUCCCGGCUCGCCCGGGUGGACGCAGCGCGCUCGGACCUUCGGGCACCCGGCCGCCCCAACCGCUGCACCUGCUCGGCCCCCUCCCCGCUCGCUGGGGACUCCGGAGACGCCGCCACUUCGCAAACUUUUUCACCCCCAUCAAAGGGGAACGCGGAGGGGUAAAAGGGGCAGGAGGUCCCGCGGGGCGCGUGCGGACCUGUGGUCUCCUAGCUGGGUGCCGCCUCCCCGGAGCCGACCCGGAGGGGCGCGGGCCCCGGCGGCCGCGCUCCGGCUCCCGCUCCCGCCCCUGCUUUUCCGGCGGGAGCUGGGGGCGGGGUGCGGAGGGCAGCGAGGCCCGCGCGGUGCCCGGCGGGGCCGCCGUGCAUGGCCCUGCGCAGUGGGGCGGGCUGUUUCGGCCGGGUCUGGCGCAGGGUGUCGGGGCUCCCGGACGCCUGGCCCCGGCGCUCGAGCAGCCUCCUGUGCCUGUCCGCCUUCUCGCCCGAGCCCGGGCCCGCGCCGCCCCUGCCCCGCCAGCCGCCUCGCGGUGGCGGCGGCUGUGGCGGCCCCGGCGGAGGGGGGCCCCCCCAGCCUCCCCGCCCCCCGCCUCCCCGCUGCUGCUGCUGCUGCUGCUGCUGCUGCUGCUGCCGCCGCCGCUUACAACUUGGAGGCGGCGGCGGCGGCGGCGGAGGAGGCGGCGGCGGCCGCCGGGCGCUGCAGUGGGACGCGCGCGGCUGCGAGCCUGCGGGACAUGCCCCCCGCGCCGGCUCCUUGCUGGCGGCCAUGAAGAGGCAGAACGUGCGGACUCUGUCCCUCAUCGUCUGCACCUUCACCUACCUGCUGGUGGGCGCCGCCGUCUUCGACGCCCUCGAGUCGGACCACGAGAUGCGCGAGGAGGAAAAACUCAAAGCGGAGGAGGUCCGGAUCAAGGGCAAGUACAACAUAAGCAGCGAGGACUACCGGCAGCUGGAGCUGGUGAUCCUGCAGUCGGAGCCGCACCGCGCUGGCGUCCAGUGGAAAUUCGCCGGCUCCUUCUACUUUGCCAUCACGGUCAUCACCACCAUAGGUUACGGGCACGCUGCUCCGGGCACGGACGCGGGCAAGGCCUUCUGCAUGUUCUACGCGGUGCUGGGCAUCCCGCUGACACUGGUCAUGUUCCAGAGCCUGGGCGAGCGGAUGAACACGUUCGUGCGCUACCUGCUGAAGCGCAUCAAGAGGUGCUGUGGCAUGCGCAACACGGAGGUGUCCAUGGAGAACAUGGUGACCGUGGGCUUCUUCUCCUGCAUGGGGACGCUGUGCAUCGGGGCGGCCGCCUUCUCCCAGUGCGAGGAGUGGAGCUUCUUCCACGCCUACUACUACUGCUUCAUCACGUUGACUACCAUUGGCUUUGGGGACUACGUGGCCCUGCAGACCAAGGGCGCCCUGCAGAGGAAGCCGCUCUACGUGGCCUUUAGCUUUAUGUAUAUCCUGGUGGGGCUGACGGUCAUAGGGGCCUUCCUCAACCUGGUGGUCCUCAGGUUCCUGACCAUGAACAGCGAGGACGAGCGGCGGGACGCCGAGGAGCGGGCGUCCCUCGCCGGCAACCGCAACAGCAUGGCCAUCCACAUCCCCGAGGAGGCGCGGCAGGGCCGGCCCCGGUACAAGGCGGACGCGGCGGACCUACAGUCCGUGUGCUCCUGCACCUGCUACCGCCCGCAGGAAUACGGUGGCCGCUCGGCGGCGCAGCAGAACUCCUUCAGCACCAAGCUCGCCCCCCAGUACUUCCACCCCAUCUCUUACAAGAUCGAGGAGAUCUCACCAAGCACAUUAAAAAACAGCCUCUUCCCGUCCCCUAUUAGCUCCGUUUCUCCCGGGUUACACAGCUUUACCGACAACCACAGGCUGAUGAGACGGCGGAAGUCCAUCUAGGGUCUGGGGAGGGAAACACAAACAAGUCAUUUGUCAUAGCUGACGUUAAGUCUCAUUGGCCCCCCUUGUCUUAUUUAUUGAUUAUGGUUAUAUCCUUUAUUGUUAUGAUUGUUGUCAUCAUUUUUUCUUUCUCUCCUUCCCUCUUUCUUGGUUUCAUUUCUUCCCCACCUUCCCAGCGAGACAGAGCAGGCCAAAGGGAAAAAAGGAAAGGCCCGUCUUCCUGUGAAACUCGCAUCUGAGCAUGAAGCAUGGAUUUCUUCCUUCUUCCCAGCAAAGUAUGCCUUACAUUUCUCCCCAGCCCGCCCCACCUCUGGGGUGGCUUUCCCAGGACAGGUGUGAGACCCAGGCAAGGAGACAGAGCCCAGAGGAUACCUGACCCAAAGUUGCACACGCGGCUGAGAGCCUCGAGUGCCCACCCACAGUGGUGUCUCUGACCCAACUCCUUUCUCUUUUCCUCCCCAAGCAGUGGGUGGCCGAAUGUGUGUGGUCUGAGUGUGUGUGAAUGAGUGCACACACCAGUGUGCUUCUGAUGUGACAGAAUGGAAAGUAUCAGGUAUUCAUCCUUCUUCUCCGUCACACAAUUUUGUUAAUAGCCUGCUUUCGGCCGCUUCCAAACAAAACGGGAAAACAAACAAAACCCACGAGGUUUCUGAUUUAUCAUCUUGCCAAAUCAUGCAUGUUCCACAAGCAAUCUUUAUCCCAGAUACGUCAUGACCACAUUUUUAAAACGCUAGAUUCUAAAUUAUAUUAACUUCUUUUUAGGGGGUGGGUGGGCAAGCCGACACGGAUCAUUUUAGCUUGCCAGUUCAAAAAUUUUUUAAACAAGCAUGCACUUUGUUAAACUGGUAUGCGUUAUCAACACAAGAAAACAAAACUAGCAAUGGAAUAAUCAAAAGCCAAUAAUAUUAAUUUAUCAGAGACAUUUUUAAUUUCACCACCUCUAGUUCCAACGAUUUUCCGUGUAACUGGACGUGUUGGGGAAACUGGAAAACUGUUGCAACCACAGAGUAUCUUAUUCUCUCUUAUUUGUGUGAUGACGAUGACUUGUGUAGCACCUACCUACAUGAGUAAGAACUACAGUUCGGGAUGCUUGGGUGAGAAUGGGUAUUGGUAAGUGGACGUGGUUUCUUUUCCUAAUGAAAAACGACAGGGCAUUCCUCAUUUUAAAGAAUAUAUAUAAUGUAUUUUAAGAAAGAUUGUCUCUAACUGCAUUUGAUUUGUAAAUAAGGGAAUGUUGAUGUUGGUCUCAGGAAGAGUUUGGAGGCAAGGAGCUGCGUCUUGGCCUGCUGGGAACUUGUCAGUCUCGGGGUGAUCUUUUUCUGAAUAAUGGAGAAAUUCCUCCCCACUCUCAAUAGGGGAUGACCCCAAAGGGAAGGCCUGCUAACAUCCUUGGGGGGCGGGGCUAUAGAACAUAGCACGUUGGAGGCCCUUUCCAAGACAGGAAUAAAGCAAAGUCUCACCUGCAGAUUCACGGGGGGACCUUCAUUUCCCUCAUCACUGUCUCGGCCAUUUCUAAAAAUCAGCCAUCCUCACUUCCCUUUUUCAAAUUCUUCCAGCUCUUGGACAGCAAUGGGCUUUGGCUGGGCUGCCCAGGCGCGGAUAAUCUUUGAUCUAUAAAAGAGAGAGAGGCACUGAGAGGAUGAGUGAUUUGCUCAACGUCAGAGAGCUGGUCUUUGCUAGAACUGAGACAUUAGUCUCGGUCCGGACCCCAAAAGGGUCCAAGGAGCUGUGACCCCACCACACUAUGGCACCCUCAUUCAGCCCUCAGAUGAGGGAACCUGCAUCUUUCUCCACAGCUAAGUGUACCAGGCUUUUAGAGUCAGUCAGAGGUACACGGGUUCAACCCUUCACUCAGAACUGUUCCCCUCACCAUGUACAGUGGUCAUAAAGUGACCUACUUCUGCUUGAAUGCUUCCAGUGACAGGGAGCUCCUCCCUUCGCAGGGAAGUUUAGAAAACAUCCCAUAAUCUCUCUUCCCACAGAGCUGACUCUUCUUUGUAGGAUUAAGGAUGGUAAGAUGAAGUCUUUCCUGUUUGCAGGAUGACCACCAACUUAAGUGUCUGAAGCAACUUGGAAUUUCUCUUGGUUCCAUAUCCUAGCCCCCCCCCCCAACCCCCUGCCCUUUGCUACCAGCUCAGCCCCUGAAGGACACGUACCGAGUCUUCUGUUCCAAAGGUAAACAUCCUUGUUUAUGCUCAGAGCGUUCGGGGGUGGAGGGGAACCUCGGUUUGCUCCCCUUGUGAUGUCCUUCUUUUUCUCAGAUGCUCGAGCUCUUCCCUACCAUGCUGUCUGGCCAAGGAGUCCUCUAGGUGCCUCCAGUGAGGUGCUCUGAUGGGGGCACUGAGCCAGGAGUUCUCCAGGGUUCUCGUCUCUUGAUAAAGCAGGCCUGGGGCAUCUCCAGCUAGAGCUUGGCCCACCCCAUCCGCAUUGGAAUCCUCAAAAGCCAGGGGGAAGCUUAGUCUGAGUCACCUUGCUGAGGUCCCUCAUCUUCAGGAAAGGAAAUCGAGGUCCAGAAAGGCUGGACAUGACUCUGAGGCCCCACAGCCAGAACUUAGGUCUUCCCACUUGUUUAUCCUGCUGCUUCGUCACUGCUGUCACACCCUCCAAACAGUCCUCGUUGCUGGACUUCUCAGCGUCUCGGACCCAGGUCUCUCUUCCCCCUUCACAGCUGAUGAUUUCUUUCUUUCAGCCCAGGUUUCCCACACCUUUCUUCCAGUUGACCACACCCACUCAGGGAGGGGGGAGAAAUCUCACCAGGUUGUUUGAAUUUGGGCCCCAACUUCCGUUAGAAUGAGCUGAAGAAGAGCCACGUUCCACCAGCAUCACAGGAGGUUGGCCUGCCACGUGGUCCCUGGUGGGGGUCUAGAAAUCAACAUGCCACAUAGAUACUCAAAGGGAUUUUGGACUCUCACUUGAAUGCUCUCCAACUAGGAGAUCUCAACCCAUCCCCUCCAUCAAAGACAAAAGGAAGGUAGGCAGUGGUACCCGUUAGUCCAGCAGCUCUGAGUGCCAUGCUUUCUAGAGACCAUCCCAUUUUGAUCUUUAUGACAUCCAUCCUGGGUGGAAGGUGCUGUCAUGCCAUUGGUCUACUAGAUUCUUUACAUAGGAGUGAACCAACCUGUUUGGCUUUUGAGAUACCCAGUUAGCCCCAGAGCUGGGAUCGGAGCACUUCUUUCCAUCCACACCACUCUGUCCUGAAACUCGGGCAGCAGCCUCUUAAACACAGCAGGCUGCCUGGUGCUCGAAAUUUAAAUACUCUCUCUGAAGCAUCUGUUGUGCUCCACUGUGCAUCACCAAUUGGGAGGAGGGUACCUGCACUUUGGAAUGAUCACAGCAGAUCACUUGCAGCCCAGGAAUCCCCACUGGGUCCCUCAUCCUUCCAGCAGAGGAAGCAGAUGGACGCAGACCGCCGCCCAGGAGGCCUGGCUGUGCAGGUGCUCGUCAAAACCCAUCUGUAGGAAAGGGUGAGUUGACUGGUUAAUCUCGGUGCACCGUCGUUUGGUCUCUGCACACGGGGCCUCGGCUGGGAGAAUAUCUGGAUGGUGACUUGGAAACCUGCAGAUAAGCCCAGGCAGGUCAUUUUUCUUUGCCUCCAGAUCUGAAAGCCUUGAUUCCUAGUGAUUCCUGGUCACUAGCGGUUUGAAGCUGGAGGGAAGAAUGGUUUGGAGGCAUUCGUUGUGCACACUGAGUUGGGAGGGGAAGGUGAGAGAGGUAAAAAUGAUUAAAGAAGGAAAACCACCCAUCGCUGAGGUUUUCGGCCCUAUUUCUUUAGGUAAACUUCUUCUUAAAUAAUAGGCCCUAAUUAGGGUACCCGUUAAGGGCAUCCACAGAGGCGUGGGGUCUGAGGCCUGUGCCGGACUAUGUCCGUUCUCUUGGUGGGACGGGCGGUGUCAUCUGUCCAACACUCCGAUGAAUUGUAUCUUCACCCUGAAAGGGGUGGGAUGUGGGGUCUGUCACAUGCAGGCCUGCUGCCUGGGAGUGGCUGACGUGUGUUUCUUACAGAGUCAUGGUUUGUGUGGGAGCCCGGAAGGAUCCCGGCAAGGAAAGUUUGGCAGGACGGGGACCCGGUUCUCACCUCCAGCUUCACUGGGCUCCCCUGUAGCUUCCUCAUCCACACAAUGGGCCAAUGUGGGCUGAAUUUGUGAGCAUGUAGCACAAAGUCAACUUGACCGAUGGAGACAUCUGGCCUGAUGUUCUGGCCACUGGGCACACUUGAGGGUUGAGCCGCAACAUUGAAAACCCAAAAUCAUUUCGCUUGGCAGCAUCCUGGGAGCUGGGAAGAUGGCGAGUGAGUAGGCAGAGGCGUCAAGAAGGGUGGUCAUCGUGCAAACCAAGGCCCCGUGCGUUCUGGGUUCCCCAAGGCCCUGGGCAUACAUCCAUUUUAUGUGGUUAUUUCUUGAGCACACCUUAGUAGAGGUUGCUGUUUUGCGGGGAGCGGGGAGGGAAACCUAUUGCCAUGAUUCCUCCCUAUCGCCCCAACUUUCUGUUGUGAAAAUUCCAGAUUUACAGAAAACUUCCAUAUCCCUUUCACCCAGACUCACCAGCCUUCAGAACUUGGCCACAUUUGCUUAAACCACCCCCCCCCCCACAUUCAUACCCAGGGGCAUUUGGAGAAUGAAGUGACGUCUGCAACUUUUAGGUGGUUUGGCCAAAGGGAAGAAUUGUUUCUCUCCCAGGAACAAAAGCCUUCUCUUUGGUAACAAUGCUGUUAUCACCCUUAAGUUUAGCAGUCAUACAAUGAUAUUGUCUGAGACGCAACCCAUAUUCACAUUUCUCACGUCCCAAAAAUGUCCUCCAGGGCCUUUUUGUGAAUCUGAGAGACAAUCCAAGAUUGCAUCCCACAUUGCUUGUCUGCUCACCCCAGACUCCCCCAGUCUAGGAUGUUUUCUCCGUUUUUGUUUGUCGUGACGUUGCCACUUUGUUGUCUGAGCCAGUUCUGUUGUGGGCGGGCCCACGACGUGCCUCUGUUUCCUCAGGUUAAGGAAUUAAAGGUGAUGUUGUUACGAUUAAUGCGUUUGAGAAAUCUGACUCUCUGGAGACCUCUGUGAGAACCUCUUUCGUCCUAGAUAAAAAAGGCAUAUUAAGUGCUGUUCUCCUUUGCUGGAGACACGAACUGAAGCUGUAGGAGAGGCGUCCAGGAGCCCCUGGAUGCUGGGUCUCGUCACCAAAGCCGAGCAAGGCUCUGCUGUUUCUAACUUCUCACGUGGAUCUCUCUUCUCUGCUGAGAGUCAGCAAUCUUUCCCCUAAACACCUGUGGGGAUGACGCAGCUAUAAAUAGACAUAAAGCACCAAGACAUUCUUUCAUGGGUUGUGAAGGGUAGCAGGUGUAGCCCAGUAGAGUAGUUGGAAGGAUGCCCAUAGGCCAGUGGGGUACUCGGCACCCAGUUGCUUCUCAUCUCUGUUUGAGAUGUGUGUUUGCACCGGCAAGUUCUAUAGCAUGGCCUUCUCAGUUCUGGUAACACAGAGCAACCCACUGGCUGAGGCACGGUCCCUUUAAUUUUGAUCAAGAAAAUAUGUCCAUACAGAUUCCCGCCUCUGAGCCUUUGCCCAUUCUGUUCCCGCUACCUGGAAGGUAUCCCUGCUGCUCUCCAGCACGGAGGUGGAGAUGGGAGCAUACUUUAAAAGCUCCUUCUGACUAUUUGUUCCAUGAGGGACUCAAUGAUGUCCUCCUCUGGGGUCCCCAGUCCUUCUUUCUAUCAUGGACAAAUACACUGGGAAGCAAACCUCCAGUGACCCGGCCAUGGGAGCUAUACGUUCCGGGCAGCGCCCACAGCAGGGCAUAAAGACAAUCAGACUUCCAGCAUCUUGCCUAGAUGGCCACUCGUCACUGUCAUCAAGGCACAUCUUAACGUCACUGCCAGACUUUGUUCCAUCCCUGGAAACCGAUGCACAUCCACGGGAUGAAAACCAUCACCCCACCGUUGGCGAUUCAGAGGCAGUUGCCUGGCAGAGUUGGGUGGGCCACGUGCAAUAGGGCCACAAGCUGUCCACAGCUGGGCAUUUCCCAUAGAGCAGGAGAUCGGUACAUCUUCAGAUGCCAGCGGCACGCUUGUGACAUUUUGCCCUGGAGUGAGUGAGCCCUUGAUGCGAGUGUCAACAGGAACCAGGGCAGCACCGUUUUCUCAGGGGAGUACUUCCGGUAGAGGCUGAGUGGGGUGGGGCACACACGGCGAGGGACAGGAUCCCCGGCCUCGGCUCUGCACCUGCCCAGCGCUCGCUCUGGGGCCCUGAGACAGGACAGGGCAGGCUCUUCUUUCUCUGCAGAGCAGCGUGAGGGAAUAAAGCUGCAUGCACACCUGGGACCGGCUUCUGCCGUUCACAGGCAGGUGGUGGUUUUGCCUCUCUGAGCCUCCGUGUGCCAGCCUUUAAAGUUGGAGAUUUCAGAUAAACCCCACUGCACAGGGUGCCUACAAGAACAGCAUGUGGCAGCAUCGGGCGCCUGUUCUGAGCAGAGUGCCGAGUAGAGUUCUUCACACCGCUUGCAUGUCUCCUAAAGGCCGGUCCAAGGCUCCUGCAAGCUUACUCCCGGGCACUUGACUAAGUCCAGCUAUGGAAAGAGGUGAUCAGUCUGGUGGAGGAACGCAGGCAGGGCUUCAGGGAGGAAUUGGCUUUUGGUAAUCUUUGAGGAGAGGCUUGAAGGAGCAAGUGGGCACUGUUGCAUGGGCAGAGGCCCAGGCGUGGGAAGGGGCAGGGAGCAGCGAUUUCACCCAGUGCUCCGUGGCUUCCCUAACACAGAGCCACACCUGAAAGAUGAGUCAGUGAGCUGUCAAGGCCCUUCACAAGCUGGUCACACCUUAAGUCAUCCAGGCUACUCUCCUGCUCAAGAACCUUCCAUGGCUCCCCAGUGCCCACACAUUUUAUUUCAAGGUCCUUCGCUCUAACACCCAGAGCCUGAGCCUUGGGCUCUGAUGGAGGAGCUAUCCAUCCUGAGAUCCCUACUGGGUUCUCCUCUGAUUACAAAAGUCUGAAACUAGAUCCUGGAGUCUCAUCCAAUUUGAAUCCUGUGGCGUCCUAUUCUUCAGGUGGAGGUUUUCUUCCUUCUUCUGGACGUUAGGUCUGAUUUGCAUAUGGGAAUAUUUCUGGAUAAGAUCUACUUGGUCUUUCAUUUAAGCAUCCUGGGGGCUUGUUCUGGUGCAGACUUCCAACAGCUUGAGCAAAGAUUAGCAUGAAACCACUAAAAGGAAAAUGUAUAAUUCUUGGGCUUCCUUGGCGUGAAGAAUUCGCUGUUUCCCGAGACUCUGGGAGCAACAGAUUUUGUGACUGCCUGUGACCAGGAAUCAGGGAUGGAGAGAGGAGAAGAGGACGCACUUGAGGGCAAGGUAACUUUUUACUUGGAGAGUUUUUAUUCUCCACAUCAUCCCAUCACUCUCGGAUCCUAACUUCAGCCUCUUGGAGGCUCCAGUCGAGUUGCCUGGGGACCCCUACCAUCCAGAGAGCAGCUCUUGAUCUUGAAGAGGGAGGUCUUGUGAAGUUUAGCUAUAAGCCUCGACCACUACAAACAUAAAACCUCAGCUUUGCCCCUUCCAGCUCCUGAGCACUGGGGGGUGGAGGCCUCAGGGCCUUCGUAAGCACCCACCCGGGCAACAGCUUUCUUUCCUUCCUCUUUGUAAUCAGGCCAAGUGGCCUUGGGCAAGUCACUUCCUCUCCGACAAAGGAUGGAAUGGCCAGGGGAGAGGCAGAUGCUGGUGAAGAUGACAGGAGGUCAGUGUCAUUAUGUUCCAUGCUCUUGGUUGACAUUUCUUUGGGGGGGGGGUGCUUUGGAGGCAGGAUGGCCAAGUCCUCCCAAGCAUAGGGUUCCUGAGCGGGGCCAGCUCCUUCCCCCUGGGGAACGUCACAUUUUCCAGGUGGAGUUGUUCUAUAGCCCUCCUCGCACCAAAGAAUCACGUCUUUACCCAGCUCCUCUGACCCUUCUGUUGACGGGUUCUCCUUUGUGGCCCUGCUCAGUCCCACGUGGACCAAACGCUUGGCGAUGGGGGGUGGGGCGGGCAUUGCCCAGUGAACCGAAGUCCCCCCUUUGCCUGACAAACCUUGGGGAAGUCCUACCUUUCCUUAACCUGAGAGAUCAAAGCAGCUACUGAUGUGAGCUGCAACAGUGGCUCUGCAGGGCCCCCUCUGAGCAGUACUCCCUGCUGAUUGAUUCACUUAUCCAGUGAUUAUUUAUAGAGCUUUUGGGCAUCUGCCAUCAGCCUCAGUGAGAGGCCAUUGUGGUGAACUGGACGGUCAAGUUCUGUGGCCUCAUAAGGCUAAAAUUCCACUGGAUCACGUGCUCCCAAGAUGCACAAGUUCUAGAAACAGAGUCAGAUGAGCACUUCUUGGAAUCAGAACCUGGCUCAGCUAUUGCUGCACUUUCUUGAGCUGAAUUUUAGAAGUUGGGUAGAAAAAUAAAAAUCGAAUGAAAGGCAAAACACGAUUAGUGGGAAUCCAAUGAAGCAGAACCCACAAUUAACCAGAUUUCUCUAUAAUUUGAUGGCUCCUCAGAGAAGAACAUGGUCCUGAAAAAGGCUAAUUACAUAUUUGUUUAUUCAGCCCACAAAUAGCAUUUUGACAGCCGUCUGGGGCUGGAAGGGACCUCCAGAGGCCUCCUCAGUCCACCCUGUGCUUUAUCAGAAAUCUCCACGGAACAGAAAAUGCAUUGGAUUAGGUGAUGCUGUUGGCCUUACUGAGUGAAAUUUAAAUAGGAAAACAGACUAACCCCACCUGGAAGGUCUGAGGCUCUUUCGCUUGUCCAUAAUGUUGAUCAGAAGGCUUGUAAUUAAACAAACAGAGGAGACACAGGAAAGAUGUCAGAGAGAAUGAGAUUUUAAGUCACUGAACCGCUUAACAAGAAGGAAGAAUUUCUAGUCUAUUCCCAGCAGGCCAAGAAAUUGCUGAUACUCCCUCUACCAUGUACACUUUUUAACUUAGCCAACCGUGUAUCCUUGUACCUCAAACAUUAAACAUUUAAAAAGUGUCAUUUGUGACCCUAGGCAUAGAAGAAGUUAAGCUUGAAUUAGGUUCAAACUCACACCCGUUAAAAUGAUUGGCCUAUAUGCACAGGGAGUUCAUUCUGGGAGUUGGGGGCACAAAGGUGUGAUACUCACUUAUUCAUCUGGGGCGCGCGCGUGUAUGCACUGACCGGGUAUCUUUGGGUCUCUGGAGUUUUUUCUUUCUUCUUGUAAUCGCUGGACGUUUUCAUGACUGCAUGCUAAAAGGACCUGGGUUUGUUCUGAUGGCGAUGCUGCUGCUGGAAGGCCUCCAGAACAUUCCCGAGGAGUGAUGGAGAUCAGGAAGUUUCUAGCAGAAGCUGGGUCAGCCUGGCCACAGGCCAGGAGGAUGGAACGGUUUGUCCCGAACCCCUAGCAGGGCUCUCCCUUCCCACGUUGGUGGGCGUUUGGGAUUGGAUGGCAGGCCCAACUGUGGUCAAGGCAUCAGACCUUGGGUGGGAAGCCGCACCAGUGAUCCCAACUGGACCACAGUGAACCAGUUUCAAAGAAGCCUACUGUUCCUGUUCGUUUUCCUUUUGUUUAUCUUCUCUGGCCUUCUCCACCCGUGGAGAGGGCGCCUUCACAAAUGGCCUUAGAAUGCCGUUCUGAAGUUUAACAGAAUGAGACAACCAUCAAAUGAAUAUCAGAGGUAUUUACUAUCGCAGCUUAUCUGAAAAAUGAAAAACAAAAACAAAACAAAACUGUAUCACCAAUGUUUACAAGUCCAAGUAGACAUCCAGCCCAUGUAAAAUAUGUAAUUUAUGCAAGGGAUUGCAUCUUUCUUUUGUAACGAAUGCACUAAGCAACCCUGUAUAUAUUUUACAAUGUCUUUACAGAAAAAAGAAAAUCAUUUACUGUAGUGUUGUAAAAUAAUGCACUUUUCUAAUUUUUUCAUUAAAAUCUCUAUGGCACGUU